AUGCGUGUUCAUUCAAAGCCUCCUCCCGUCCGCCCCCGUUCUGACAGCGACUCUCGGCCGCGCGAGCGCGCCCCCUAUCGGCAGCAAAGCGGCAUUACAACUCCUCUCCCACAAAAGCUGACUUUCGGAAGCUCCAGCAGCAGCCUCAUGCAUUUGCCCACCGAAAAUAAAGGCGGAUUUGGCGUCGCGAAGUUCCCAGAGGGACUUGGCCGGAGGGGGGGGGGUUGGGGAGCGGGGAUCGGGCUCUCUCGGCGCGGCACGGUGGUGGAAACGAAACGAGCAACUCCCCAAGAGCCCCGCGAGCGAGGGAGGCAAAGUUUCAGCUGCAGCGGCGGCGCCUCCGCCUCCGCCGGCUUUGCCCUCCGCGCUGCUCACCUUGAAACCUGCGCCCGGGCGCGUGUGCGCGGCGGCGGCGGGGAGCUGCCUGUCCGUGUCUGCUCCUGCUCCUGCUGCCGAGCGGCGAUGGGUCGCGUCCAGGCGAGCGCAGCUUCAGGGCCGCCGAAGGGCUGCUUUUGUGCUUCGUCGGUAGACGAAUGUGGCUGUGUGUUGUGGAACCGCAUCAUAACAUUAAUGACAGCACUCCCUGAUCCUUUGUACUUCAGUUUCCACUACAGUACCAUGUCAAUUUCGUAAGUUGCAGACAUCUCAUUCUUCC